CCUGGCAACACUACCGUCGCGUGUUCGUAGAUAAAGAUAAAAAAAUUGUAAUUUCGCGUUUGUAUUUCAGCGUAAAGGAAAUCGCUAGAAAAGCUACUAAAUUUGGAUAAACUAAAGAUUAUUGUGGUUAAAAGUGAUGCCGCAGAGCAUAUGGAUUGCAUUUGGCAACUGCAAUUAAACCGAGGAGGAAAUGUCUAAGCAUUAGCCAUUGACACUUGGUAGAUGCCACAACAACAAAAAUCGUAGGUGGUUUUCGACCGAGCCUCACUUAAAGAGAGCGAGAGAGAGAAAGAGAGAUAUACUUAUAUUUCUUCUUUCCACAACUAAAAUUGAGCACAUCUAAAGAAAAAAAAAAAAACACUUUACAAGGAAUACAAUAAUACACGGGAAUCAAAAAGUCGGUUAGACGGACCAACAAUUAGAACAUUAACCUCUAACGAUCGAUCAAAUUGUCCGUUUUCUUCCGUCCGUUCGCUCGUUCGUUCGUUCGUUCGUUCGUUCGUUUACAGUUCGUCAGUUCGUCGUUCGUUAGUUUGUUUAUAAGUUUUCAUCACACAGUAGUAGUUCGUUUUCGUUAAUUUUUUCUGUUCUGUUCCGUUUCGUUCUGUAACCGUACCGUUCCGUCGAUCCGUUGUGUUUCCACCCAUCCCCCCUAAAACCCAGCCAACACGAGAGUUAUUUCAAUUGCAUUGAAUGGAUCCAUCUGUUGGCUGGUUUCAGAAGGAACAGGAGGGACCAUCGUUGCAUACAUGGUUAAAGAUUUGGGAAACAAAUGCCCAGGAUAUGGGUGCACUACUUGAUCAGCAGCAACAACAACAACAUCAAAUAACAACGAUAAACGGUAGUAACACAACAACCACAGCCAACAACAUCACCACAACCACCACCAACAACAACAACAGCAUUAAUUAUAACAUUAUCUCACGACCAGCAAACGAUUUGAAAAAUCUGAAUAAAAAUCAUCGAGUCAACAACAAUAACAACACAAGCAAUAUAAGAGCCGCCGCCGAUUCACUAUCCAUAGAGCUAUUACAACAUUUUAACAACGGAUCGAGAACAUCAUCGACAAACAACAGUAGCGGCAGCGGCAGCAGCAGCAGCAGCAGUAGCACCAACAACAUUGAUUCCACGAUCAACCGUGACAAUAAUUCACCAGCUAGCAACAGCAGCUCAAGUAGUAGCUCUAGUUCGAGUAGUGCCAGUAGUACUAGUAGUAUAGGUAGUGGAUCUGGAUCUGGAUCAAGUGGCAUUGGCGGUGGGGUUGGCAUUGGAGGUGGAGCAACAACAGUAUCCUCUUCAACUGCAACAACUGCUAAUUCUACAACAACUACUCCUCCUACAUCUACACCCACUUCAACGGCAGCAGCAGCAGCAGCAACGACAACAGCAGCAACAACAAACAUUAGCAAUAACACCACCAACACCAACAGCAACAAUCUUUACUAUAAUCCAUCGCGCAGGAAACGUAUCCCCGAACAUAAAGCAAUCGCAUAUUAUAAUAUGAACAAUCAUCAUAUGGAAAUGAUAGCCAAAUAUAAGGGUACGCCAUGGCGUAAACCAGAUUAUCACUAUGGCGAGGGUGCAAUCGGUUUACACGAAGAAAUUGAGCAUUUCUAUCAAUAUGUCCUACCCACACCAUGCGAACAUGCCAUACGCAAUGAGGUUGUGAAACGAAUCGAGGGAGUUGUCCAUUCGAUUUGGCCCCAAGCUGUUGUUGAAAUCUUUGGCUCAUUUCGCACGGGACUCUUUCUGCCCACCUCCGAUAUUGAUCUCGUUGUAUUAGGCCUUUGGGAGAAACUUCCCCUGCGUACACUGGAAUUUGAGCUUGUUAGCCGUGGCAUUGCCGAAGCAUGCACCGUUCGUGUCCUAGACAAAGCAUCGGUGCCGAUUAUUAAGUUAACGGAUCGCGAGACUCAAGUUAAAGUCGACAUAUCUUUCAAUAUGCAAUCGGGCGUUCAGUCCGCUGAACUGAUUAAGAAAUUUAAACGCGAUUAUCCAGUGCUUGGAAAAUUAGUGCUGGUCCUCAAACAGUUUCUACUGUUACGCGAUCUCAACGAGGUGUUCACCGGCGGCAUCUCAUCAUAUUCGCUAAUACUCAUGUGCAUCAGCUUCCUGCAAUUGCAUCCGCGUGGCAUUUACCACGACAAGGCGAAUCUGGGUGUACUCUUGUUGGAGUUCUUCGAACUAUAUGGUAGACGAUUCAAUUAUAUGAAAAUUGGCAUCUCCAUUAAGAACGGUGGCCGUUAUAUGCCCAAAGAUGAGCUGCAGCGUGAUAUGGUUGAUGGUCAUCGGCCAUCAUUGCUUUGCAUUGAGGAUCCAUUGACGCCAGGCAAUGACAUCGGGCGGAGUAGUUAUGGGGCUUUUCAGGUGAAACAGGCCUUUCAAUGUGCCUAUCGUGUGCUUACUCAAGCUGUCAGUCCGCUCAAUCUAUGGGGAUCAGAUGCGCGUGUCGACUCAAUUCUUGGCCGCAUUAUCCACAUCACAGACGAUGUUAUUGAUUAUCGCGAAUGGAUACGCGAGAAUUUUGAGCAUCUGGUCAUUGUGGAUCGCAUCUCACCACUGCCCACAUAUACGAAUGGUGCUGCCAAGUAUGUGAUUAUGCCGUCUGGAGCUGUGGUCCAACAGAUCUAUCAUCCGGCGGCUGUAAUGCCCACCCAUGCCUUAGCUCAAACCUAUUCCACAACGACGGCAGCUGCUGUGGCAGCCGCUACAGCAGCCUCAUCUGGCGGCCAGCCACAGACGCCGACAGCGCAACAACAUUUGGUUAACAAUCUGAAUGCGUUGCGUCAUCGGCGUGGCAGCACGUCGUCCGGUGAUGAUUCUGAGGAUAGCAAAGACUGUGACGUUGUGGAAACCACAACGACGACAACGAUGCCUGGCAGUCAGCAGCAACAGCAGACAGGGCAGCCAGAGGUUAUUGACAUCACCGCGUCGCCACCCAAUGGCCUGGCAGCAGUCGUUCUAGUACCCACCACAAGCAGUGGCAAUGGCGGCAACGGAAGCGGCAGCAGCAGCGGGAACAGCUCUUCAAUGGGCUCGUCGCCAACAGACAACAACAUCAACAGCGCCGGCAAUGUGACCAACCAGCCAGAGAGAGGGGAGCCAUACCAGCACCACCAACAAAGCGAGGCCAUAACUAGUACCAGCAGCAACAGCUCCAACACCGGCGGCAGCAACCACAACACCACAACCAGCAGCACUACAACCACAAGCCACUCGAACUCGUGCAGCAGCAGCAGCGGCGGCCCAGGCGGAAGAAACAGCACCUAUAGCAGCCAACGAAAUAGUAAUCACAAUUCCAGCAAUUAUUAUCGCCAGCAGAUCUAUGUGCCGCCGCCGAUGCAACAGCAGCUGAACAAAUCAAAUUCCUAUCAUCAUCACCAUAGUCAUCAAAAUCAGAAUCACAACAAUCAACAGCAGAGACAUAAUCAUCAUCAUGGCAAUGGCGGCGGCGGCUAUGCCAAGCACUCGGUAGGUUCAUCCGCAUCCACAUCUUCAUCUUCCCCAGCACUUAAUAAUAGAAACAUCAGCAGCGGUAGCAGCAACAACGGCAUUGGCAAUCCCGGCCAUGGCGGCACUACUUCGACCACAACGACGACGGCGACAACCGCAGCGGCGGCGGCUGCGGCAGCUUCAGCAUCGUCAACGGCUUCCGCAGGCAAUCAUCAUAGUCAUAACCAUAAUAGCCAUAGCCAUAAUAGUCAUAGUAGUCAUCAUAGUAGUAGUAGUCAUAGCCGGUUGCCGCCCUUACGUGGCACUUUAGUGAGUUCAUCGUCUGCUAUAUCAAUCAUUUCCAUAUCUUCUGAAUCGUCAGUGGGCAGCAGCUCAUCUAGUUCAUCAUCACUAUCAUUGUCCAAUCAUCAAAACGGUGAUGAGCGUUAAAGAUAAUAAUAUUAUACGAUAAUAGUAAUAAUAAUAUAAAAUAAUAGUAGAUCCCAGAGACAGAUACAGAUACACAAAUACAUGAAGUAGACUAUAGCCUAGAAAGAGACGGAAUGAAGCAAAAAGUAAAAAACAAAAAAAAAAAAAAACAAUAAUAAUUAUAAUAACAAGAAAGAAGGGGAGCAGAAAGGUUUGAUAAGUAAAAAUUUCAGUAAUAUUAUUUAAAUUCAAUGCAAUUUCUUUGAAUUCAAAAACCAUAAAAGUCUAAAUGGUUAAAAGCAAA